GUAUUCUAGUAGUUCCCCUUCUUUACUCUUUCUCUUUACUCUUUACUUUUGACUCUUUCUCUUGACUCUUUCUCUUGACUCUUACUCCUUACUUUUUCCUCUUUACUUUUUCCUCCUUCCUACAUAUAGUCCUCGUAUAUCAAUAACAGCUACCACCAGAGCAAUGAUCAUUGCGCAAUAUGCGACCGGACUUCGUGAUGAACGUCUCCAUAUCUUAACAUAGAAAGUGCUUACAGAACCAAGCUCAAUGAUUGGUUCUCCCUCCCCGCAAUCCGAAUUCAUUGACGCCAUGAUACUACUUUUAAUCGUACUACAAACAAUUGACGAUCUGAAUCCAUGUAAUGUUUAUUGUUUGACGCUGCCUUGGAUCUGAUGUGCACCAGGUAUUCAUAUAGGUAGGACAAACAUCUUGCAAGAUUAUCGUUCGUUUGUUUUCACUCUCUAUCUCUCUCAAUCUCAGUCCGAAAUACAUACAUCAAGCAUUUGAGAACAACCAUUCUGAUCCAAAAUAUCAACAAUAUGGCAUCCGCAACUGGAAUCCCACAAAAUCCUCGAGUAGCUUCAGGAGAACUUCAAGAUCCUUACGAAGCUGGCUAUGGAGAAGAUGAGCCUUUAAUCGGAAGAGCCGGCGAUGCAUCACAACAGGAAGGUCGUCCACUGCUUUGGAAUCUCGUACUUGGUACAGCAAUUAUCACUCAAGUCGGGCUUAUCCUCCUCGUAGCUCAUGUCUGGGCUAGCAUAUUUCUCUCCCCAUUGAUACUCUUCUCAGCACAUCCUCUCCUGAAUUCUGCCGCCCUCUUGGUUCUUACCCAAGGAAUUCUCAUUCUACAACCUACACACACCGCUACACAGAAACGUCAGGGUACCAUUGCACAUGCAGGAAUAAAUGCAUUAUCUAGUAGUCUCCUAAUCGCCGGUCUUGUCGUUAUCGAAGUCAACAAAUUCGCACACAAUGGAACGCAUUUUGAAUCAGCACAUGCUAUUCUUGGUCUGAUAACUUAUAUACUCCUCUUAAUUCAAUCUCUAGUCGGCUUCACUCAAUACUUUACCCCCUCUCUAUAUGGCGAUAUUUCAACCGCAAAAUCUAUUUAUAAAUAUCAUCGAUUGAGUGGAUACCUCGUUCUUCUCCUAAUGCUCGCUACAAUCGCCGCGGCGACAUGGACACCUUUUAAUGUUAACGCAUUGCAUAUCAAGAGUUGGGCAGUUAUUGUUUGUGCUGUAUUACUCUUAAUUGGAAUCAUUCCACGAAUCAAGAAACAGAAAUUAGGUUUGGGGUCUUCUCGAUAUUGAAGUAAUCUGAUGGAGGAAUAUGCGUCUAGUUUAGCAAGGAAUGGACAUGAUGCUCUCAAGUGAUGUAGGAACUUUCGUCGACGUGGAGACAAGAGAAUAUGUAUUAUGAUUUUGCGUUGUCAUGAUAUAACAUGCACGAGUAUACGACAAUGAUGUUUUUGGGGGGUUUUGGCUUUGGGAUGGUGUUUGGGUAGCGAAUGGAUCAUAAAUUGUAUUUUGAAAGCAGAUGUAUCGGAAAUAAAUCUUAAUUUCAACCCAAAUCAUUCUCAAAUCAUUCUCUCUAUAGCAAUAUGAUUUCUCAAAAUCACGUAUUCGAUUAUUGUAUUAUAAGUUAUUAUUAUUAGUCUCUGAUAAUACAAUAUUAGAUAUUACAUUAGCA